AUGCUGGACGACAAGUUGAGUAAUCUCAAAGACAAAGAUGGCAACCCCAGGGGCCAAAAUCUCUUCGUCUCGCGCCUCCAAGUCCCAGAAGGCCACCGCGCCCUUACCCAGGAAGACCUGGUAACAAUUGGCAAGCAAGCGCGGGUAGAGGUAGACGAGCUUGCCAAAAAGAAGAACACUGAUGCUCCGGGAAUGGUCAGCGUCCUCAAGGUUGACAAUGAAAUCUUUAUUGCAGGGUCGAUAAAGAACGCGGCAGGCAACAAGAAUCGCGACCCCCGUCCCCACGACAAGUAUCCGGGAACGGAGAUGACGCACAUCAUCGACCAAUGCGGAGGCCACAGAACGGGCGGAUCCUGCGGCGAGAUUGCUGCACUGGAUCUGUACUACAGGACUCGCGGAGAUGCCAUUAGCAGGCCCAACCCUGCAGACGGGCAAGAGAGCAAAAUCAAUGACCCUCUAAAAAACAGCAUGGUGGUGGCGAUCAACCAGUCCGGCAAGGUCCAAAACCCCUGCGGCAACGGUGGAGCGGGAUGCAAAGCAGUCGUGGAAAGACUGGAAUUGGAUGCAGUCAAAACAAAGGUUAAGGCAGCCACGACUCCCCUCGAUUUCGACAAGUUCAAAAAAUUAUAUGUCCCCGGCUUCGACGAGUACCAGGCCAGACCCGGAACGCCGGAGCGAAAGACGUCCUCGUCAACGUUAAGGUCCAAAAGCAAGGACCCCGAUAGUCCUGAUGCCGAACGAACCAAAAGUGAGCACGAUGGUCCUGAUGCCAAACCACCGUGCAUCCAAAAGCGCAGCGCCUUAGUCUGCAACAACGGGAACGGAAAAAAGACGAACGACGAGAAACAAAAAAAUGAACAAAAAUCAGAGAAUCAAUUAAAUGGCGACAAAUUGAAGGAUCAAACGCCUACGUCAAGCAAAAAUAUAAACAGUACCGAUUACAAGAACCAAGCAAUUGAGAAAUCGAAGUUAAACCUCCUUGGUCGUAUACGCAGUUUCGGGAUGGGCCUUCAAGCUGGUGGUGUGUAUGAGCUUUACAAUCGGGUUUAUGGGCCUGAUGGAUUAGGACCAAAACAAGUAAGAAUGACCAUAAGUUUACUGGAAGCUUAUAGUUUUGCUGCACUUGGAGCUGCUGGCGGGAGUUUCGAUGAACACGGAAACAUUCUUAGAGGUGGUUUUUUCCAGCAUAUAUUAGAUCGGCCCGAUAAUGCUCCUGGUGGGCUUAAUGCGUUUAAUCGCUGGAGUGUCACGAAGCUGACUAGCAGGAAGGCAGUAUGCGCAAAGACUGUAGAAUUUUCGAACUAA